UGGCCUUUAGCAACUUGUGCUUCUUCGUGGGUACUCCUCCUGUUAUAUAUAUGUGACACACUGACAGUGGGUUGUGUGGUCAUAGGGUGAUUAGGAAGAAAUCUUGGGCGGCUGCAGUCCUCUCAUACUUCUCAUUCUGGAGGUGUAUUCAGGUAUGCUGGAAGUCGAUUUGUUUUCUCGGUAUACUCCCGGUAGGAUGUAGCUCCCAUGGCUGAAUCGAUUCGUCUUCAUCUAAGAUUCUCCAUCGAAGGAUGUAUACGUUAUGGGCACUUUUAAGCUUGUCUUCCUCGUAGUUCAUACUUAUCCCUCAAACCGCAUCUAUCUCAAGCGUCAAAAUUCUACCUUUUUCUCGAGGGUAUUCCCUCUCUGCAAGACUACAACAAUCUUAAUACUCCAUAUGACUAUGCUCCUUCUAAUUAUGUCUCAACCCCUCUUAGCUCCUCCUAAUUAUGUCUCAAAAAAAAAUUCCUCCGAAUUGGUAUGCAAGUUCAAAGUGAUGCAUUUUCCAACUCAUCUACUCGUCAAUUCUUGCAGGGCAAAUUAUAUAUAUUGGCAUUCUGGUUGCUGAUUAUCGGCAUGAACAUGACAGCUGGUUGGGCCGCCGUGUGGUUCACUGCGGGUCUUGUUUUCAUCACUGUGAUCGUACUCAGGAUCAUAAGAGGAACAAGUAUCGUUGCUCCAACCAGUGGGAAACCACCUCCACCUGUGGUGAAUGGUCUUGCUUUUCUGGGACUUUUACCUAGACUUCUUACAAUUGACCUUCCAGCUAAGAUAAACUGCCUAUACAGUAAGUAUGGCAGUGUGUUCACAGUUAGUCCUUUUGGACUAUGUAAUGUGACCUUUCUGAUCGGGCCGGAGGUCCAAGCUCACUUCUUUCAAGGGUUGGAGUCGGAGAUUAAUCAUGGCAAUCUUCUUGAGUUCCUUGUACCCAUGUUUGGACAAGAGGUAGGUCAAGGCGUCGAUGCGGCCACUCGGACUGAGCAGUCCCGCUUUUAUCUUGAUGCAUUGAAGCAAUCCAAAUUGAGGAGACAUCUUGAGUCUAUGCUUCAAGAGGUGGAGGGCUACUUUGGCAAAUGGGGCCAGGAGGGCAUAGUUGAUUUAAAACAUGAGUUUGAAGAGUUACUCAUGUUGAUAUCAAGCCGAUGUCUACUAGGAAAAGAGGUUCGGGAGAAGAUGUUUGAUGAGUUCUAUAAACUGUUCCGUGAUGUCGAAAACGGAGUGAACAUGAUCAGUGUCUUCUUCCCAUAUAUUCCAAUUCCAGCAAACCGUCGGCGUGACAAAGCACGUCUGAAACUCAUAGAAUUGCUCUCCGAAACUGUGAGGUCACGGAAGAGCUCAGUUGGGGCCGAGGAAGACGUGCUACAGAGAUUGAUAGAUUCCAAGUAUAAAGACGGCCGCUCCACAACCGAAACAGAGGUAACCGGGAUGAUCAUUGCAUUGAUCUUUGGUGGAAAGCACACAAGUUCCCUUGCUUGCACUUGGACUGGAGCUUCAUUACUCACUCAUUCAAAGUUCUUAGCAGCUGCAUCCCAGGAGCAAAAGGAAAUCAUGAUGAAAUACAACAAUAAAAUAGAAUAUGAUGCCUUGCUAGAGAUGAAUAACCUUCAUAGUUGUAUUAAAGAGGCACUUCGGAUAAAUCCGCCAACAACAAUGUUGGUUCGCAAGGCACUUAAACAUUUCACAGUGCGCACUAGACAAGGCCAAGAGUAUGACAUUCCCAAGGGGCAUACUCUUGCAAGUCCCAUAAUACAAAACAAUAACAUGCCUUACAUUUACAAGAACCCUCACUUGUAUGAUCCAGAUCGGUUUGGUCCCGCAAGGCAGGAGGAUGUAGUUGGCGGCAAGUUCUCUUACACAUCUUUUGGUGGUGGAAGGCAUUUUUGCAGUGGGGAUGCCUAUGCUUACAUGCAAGUUAAAGUUAUAUGGAGCCACUUGCUCAACAACUUUGAUCUCAAAUUAUUGUCUCCUUAUCCCAAGACUGAUUGGAGUAAGUUAAUCCCAGAGCCUAAAGGAAGUAUGAUCGUCAGCUACAAGAGACGUCCACUGUUGGGUUAGCUUGCACCUACUUGAUUAUAUAGCAUUUGCUUGAGAGUAUUGACAUGUA